CACAUACUUCAAAUUUUCUUAUGCUUUUAUAGUCAAAAUAUAUUUCUGCAUCUUUCGCUCCUGGAUUUUAGGUUUCGAUGGAAGCGUAGCGAGAGGGCUGACUCGGUACGCAAGCACGUCUGUCUGUCUCUCGUUCUUUUGGGUCAAGUGUCUGUCUUCAAUAUUCUUAACAAAAACAUUCCUGAGAGAGUUGGGAGCUGAGCUUCUGAGCCUCCCCUCCAAGCAAAAACAAAGCAUGCCUUCUACGCACAAUUCGGGUUCUUCUUCGCCAUUGACUUCGUUUGGUCGCUCGAUUUGGAGCCGGCGAGAGCCAUUUCAAUCAACAGAAGCUAAUCAGGAGUCCAGUGAGCAGGAAUUAGAGGUUCAAUCUUUUCAAAAACUUGUGACAGAACUGUUUCAUGACUUGUCAGCUGUUGGUGCUGAUGAAUUGCUCUCCAUUGCGUGGAUUCGGAAACUUUUGGAUGUUUUUGUUAGCUGCCAAGACGAAUUCAGGGUUUUAUUGUUGAAAAACAAGGCGCAGGUUUCUAAACCGCCGUUGGAUCAUUGGGCGGAUGAAUACUUAGAUAGGAGCUUGAAGGCACUUGACAUUUGCAAUGCUGCUCGUGAUGGGAUUGACAAGAUUCGUGUGUGGCAUAAGCAUUUAGAGAUCGUUCUGUGUGCCUUGGAGUCUCGCCAGAGGGCAUUCAGUGAGGGCCAGUUCCGUCGAGCAAGAAAGGCUUUGGUGGAUUUGGCAAUUGAAAUGCUUGAUGAGAGAGACUCUGGGUCUGUUUUUUCUCACCGCAACUGGUCUUUUGGGCUUAACAAUAACACAAGAAAGGAUGCUCGCCGUCGCCAACACUCAUCUGGGAGUUCAACUACGCAUUCCCGCUCUAACUCGUGGAGCGUAUCACACUCUUGGUCUGCAGCUAAGCAGCUUCAGUCAAUUGCAAGCAACUUGGUAGCACCUCGUGGAAAUGAGGUUAUUGCAGCAAAUAGGCUUGCAGGCUCUGUUUUCACAAUGAGUUCUGUGCUCACAUUUGUUUUGUCGUCUCUCGUGGCUGCGAUCCCAUGUCAGGAUCGAGGCAUUAGCACUCAUUUUUCAAUCCCACCGCAGUACUCCUGGGGCAUCCCAUUAUCCUCACUUCAUGAACGGAUAAUAGAGGAAUCUAAGAAGCGAGAGCGCCAUAACUCACAUGGGUUGCUGAGGGAGAUUUAUCAUGUCGAGAGAUGUGCACGCCACAUGACAGACUUGAUGGAUCUGGUUCAGUUUCCAUUAACAGAGGAACAGAAAGUGGAAGUCGAGCAAGAACUGCAGGAGUUAGCAUCGAUUUGUGAAAACCUGAAGAAUGGAUUGGAUCCGCUGGAACGCCAAAUUAGGGAAGUAUUCCGUAGGAUAAUGAAUUGCAGAACGGAGGGUCUCGAACUUUUGAGCAGCGCAAACAAUCUGGAGUAAAUUAAAAGAGGUAAGUUUCGACUGAGCAUGAAAUGUACAAAUCCGCGAAUACAUUCGUUGUUUUGCAUAUUUCCAAGUUGCAAGGAGAGAAGUAAAGUGGUCAGCAACAAUACAAAGGGUAAACAAGCGUCGUGAACGAAUCUCUUCGGUUUCUCGAGCAACUAGCAUUUUUUGUUUCCGGGACGUGGGAAAAUGAGGUCUGUAUGUCACAGUUUGGUUGGUAUAUGUUAUGUUCGAAUUAGCAACAUUCUUACAGUUUGGUUGUAACUCUGGAUCUUUUGAUACAUAUAACUAGGGGUGAAAAUUUUUACUAAAUUCCCGUACCAACCGUCCUACCAACCAUACCAUACCAAAUUAUUACCAAAAAUUUGUACCAAUUGGUAAUGGUACGGUAUUUGUACCGUACCAUACUAUUUCGGUACGAUACUGGUAUCCAAAACCAGUAUCGGUGGUAUACUGUACCUACCAAUAUUAUUAUUAUUAUAUUAUGUA